AUGACGACUGCGAACCUCUCCAUCCCAGGUAGCACCCGUCCGGCGAGUCCCGGGGAACCGGAAUCACCGUCUUCGGAUGAAGACGGUCCAGAAUCUGCCCCCCGGGAGGCAAUCCUGGGUUUGCUCACACGGAUAGGAAUAAGGCUCAAUCCACUCCCAACUCUCGGAGCGCGCUACUCCAUCGCAGCCAUCCGUCAGGACAUGCGGUUAAAACUAGAGCUCGGCCCUCCUGGCUACGGCCAGAUUUCCGCAAAUUCUGACGGGGGCAUGGCUCUAGUCGGCAGGGCUGCCCGUACCUCUUCAGAUCGGCCAUCCAAUGUGCCGUUGGUGGCUGUACAAGCAAAGCGCCGUCACGCUGGGGGAUUGCGCCGAGGUACUGGGGCCCCGGAGCGAUUUAAUUACAAGACCCUAGGGCAAGAGGUUAGCGAGCUGUAUGGUAUUGCCUGCGAGCAGGAUCGACUUUUAGAUCAGCGUCUGGACCAAGAGGCGUUUCUAAUCUCGAUCCACGGCACGCAAGUGCGGCUUGUCGCCGCAUACUUCACGGCCGACUACCUGCGUGCGGUGAAGUCGAACUCCCUUCCAGCCGACCAAUAUCUCUGGGUUCGCAGAACCAGGCCAUUCGACCUCAAAAGUCGACAGGGCCGUAAAGACGCCCUUCGAAAUAUCAUGGGGCUUGUCUACUACCUCUAUAGUGGCGAGGCAAAGAUGAACGAAAUUCGUCUGAUCAAAGAUCAACUCCAAGCCACCUACGAGAAACCCCGCCCCUGA